UUGCAGAUGUUGUUUGUUAAACAAGUUCAAUCAAAAAGAGCUUGGCGAUUAUUUUUGCGAAGGUCAAUCACAACAGGGUAUAAAAUUGUUGAUCAUACAUUUGAUGCUGUCGUCGUUGGCGCAGGUGGAGCCGGACUUCGUGCGGCUAUGGGCCUUGCAGAAGGGGGAAUGAAAACCGCUGUUGUAACAAAAUUGUUCCCUACUCGUUCACACACCGUUGCCGCGCAGGGAGGGAUUAAUGCUGCGCUUGGCAAUAUGAAUCCAGAUGACUGGCGCUGGCAUUUUUACGACACUGUUAAAGGUAGUGACUGGCUUGGUGACCAGGAUGCCAUCCAUUAUAUGACUCGCGAAGCUCCAAGAGCUGUCAUAGAGUUGGAAAACUAUGGAAUGCCUUUCUCUCGUACAGAGAGCGGCAAGAUUUACCAGAGAGCAUUUGGAGGCCAAAGUAAUGAUUUCGGCAGGGGAGGUCAAGCACACAGGACUUGUUGCGUCGCCGACCGAACUGGUCAUUUUCUUUUACAUACUUUAUAUGGAGCCUCGCUUCAAUACAGUUGUCAGUAUUUUGUUGAAUACUUUGCUUUAGACUUGCUAAUGGAUAAAGAACGUUGUAUUGGUGUGAUUGCAAUGAAUUUGGAGGAUGGAAGCAUUCACCGUUUUCGUGCCUUGAACACUGUUCUUGCAACUGGUGGCUAUGGCCGAACUUACUUUAGCUGUACCUCUGCCCACACGUGCACUGGAGACGGAACUGCUAUGGUUUCAAGAGCUGGUUUAUGUAAUUCUGACAUGGAAUUUGAGAAGGGGGUUUUCUUAUUAACAGCGAAGGUGAACGAUUUAUGGAAAGAUAUGCACCCAUUGCAAAGGAUUUAGCUUCACGUG